AUUGAACCAAGUCUUGUAAGCAGCAUAAGUUUUUCUCAUUUCCCGAUUACCAAAACAGAAGAAUCUAGUCUUUGAUGGGGAAACAGUCAAGGCAGAUUUCCAAGAUCCUAACGAUUUUGCCCAGGGCUGCCUCUCCGAUCAACUUUCAAGUCAGCCCGCCGUGGACUCCACCGCGCAGCCCUACAUACAGCCCUGCACGCAAAGUAUCUCCAGCAGUGUCCUUGGUCCCCAAGGAGGCUCGAACAAAGUCCAAGAAUGAUAGUUUUCAAACACAAGAACCAACCUCGCCAAAAAUUUCAUGCAUGGGACAGAUUAAGGGACUCAAAAGGAAGCAAAAAAAGAUGAUGAAUAAACCUCCACCACCAGAACCAACCACCUCACAUGAAAAAGGGAAGAGAAAACCUUUAUUGGGCCUGAAGUUUUUCAAAGGCAAAAAGCAAGAUGACAAAGUCAGUGCUUAUGAGUACAAGCCCUCAGUGAAAGCUGGAAUGGAGCCUUCCUUCCGAGACAUUAAGCGAUUUGCCAGUGGUCGCGGUGUAUUGUCAGGCUUUGAUUAGAGGGCUCAUGAAUCGUGAUGAUUUGUUGGUCUCAGCUUGUGUACGGAUAAUUCCUUUGUAUGAAGGAAAAAAUAAGAGAAGGUUAUUGUUGACGCAGAAACAAAUAAAGCUGCAGGGUGAAAUCAGAGAGCUGUAAGGAAAUGUACUGCCAUUGCCAACAUUGUCUAGUUCCAUAGUGAUCAAUUCUGAUUGGCGGUUCUUAAUUGGGUUAAUUUAACAAAUUAUUUAUUAACUA